CUAGUACGUAUAUAGUACAUAUAUAUCAAUGUUCUGAAGGAACACGUGGACGAAUGACAGCUAGAAAGUUUGUCUCUUUUUAAUUAGUCCUAAAAAAGUGAGAUAGAUUAUUCUGAUUUGAUUAUUUGACCUUGUGGUUGAGAUUAGUAAAUUGAUUGGACGAUGAACGUUUACAAUUUGGGCUUAUGUCAAGCGUACUCUUGAACAUCGACGUUGAUUCUCCGAAUAAAAAUAAUCGAGAUUUAUUUCUGUGCACUCGCAUCUUUAACAGAGUCUCUGCGUGGCAUAAAUUGAUCGGCGAAAUGGCUAAAAGCCGUAGUGAAAUCAGAUUUAUUGUGUAUGCGGGUGCAAUAUUCGUAUGUUACUUCAUAUAUGGAAUGUUACAAGAGAAAAUAACAAGGGGGAAAUAUGGAGAAAAUAAUGAGAAAUUCACUUGUACGUUAUCACUAGUUUUAACCCAAUGCAUCGUUAAUUACGUCUUCGUUCAACUUUUAAUGCUGUCUUGGAAGAAGGAAUCAGAUUCUACUAGGAAAAUAUAUUAUUUCUCAUCAGCCCUAACGUACCUUCUGGGUAUGGUGUGCUCUAACAUGGCAUUGCAAUGGAUCAAUUACCCAACACAGGUGGUCGGCAAAGCAGCGAAGCCGAUUCCAGUAAUGAUACUUGGAGUUCUCAUAGGGCAUAAAUCCUACCCGAUGAAGAAGUAUCUGUUUGUUCUGCUGAUAGUCCUUGGAGUAAUUAUGUUCAUGUACAAGGAUCAAGGCAAGAAGAGUGUAGAAGACUCCUCAGGAUUAGGAAUUGGGGAGGUGCUGCUGUUUCUGUCGCUGACUAUGGACGGCCUUACUGGUGCUGUACAGGAGCGCAUCAAGAGCGAAUCUUCACCUUCAGCCUACCUUAUGAUGAUGAACACUAACUGGUGGUCAUCACUGAUACUAUCAAUAGGCGUGUUGUUGAGUGGUGAAAUAUUCAAGUUCUUCGUGUUCGUGUCCACUUAUCCUGAAGUUAUCAUUUACCUCGUCGGACUGGCCGUCGUCGGUGCUUUGGGGCAAAUGUUCAUAUUUUAUAUGGUGGCUGAAUUCGGUCCACUGCCGUGUUCCGUAGUCACAACAACGAGAAAGUUCUUCACAGUUCUAACAUCAGUCAUCAUCUUUGGCAACGUAUUGCUACCAAGACAGUGGCUUGGAGCUGUUCUUGUAUUUUCAGGUCUAUUCCUCGACAUGUUCUACAGCAAAGGCAAGGCGACUCAAAAGAGAGUGACACAGAAAUGAUGGCUGACGAAUCAGCUUAGAGGCUAACGUGAGCUCCUUCCCAAUAUUACGUAUUGAGUAGUCUUCCAUUUUAAAUUCUUCCUUUGACAUUUUUUGACAAUCAGCACAUGACAUUGAUUAAAGGAUUUGAAUAUGCAUAGCAAAUAUUUAGAAAUAACAGGGUUACACAGAGAUUAUCAUUUAAAUUAGGACCCAGUUUAUAAUGUUAUAAUGUUUUGCUAUUUUAUAUUGCUUUUUGCAAUACAAUAGAUUCUAUUUUUUCUCAAUAUUUAAGUAUUGGGAUUUGAGCUCUAAUAUUAUACAAGUUUUACUUUAAGUAUUUUAUGGUACAAGGUUGUUAGUGUUUCUUAAAAAAUGGGAUCGCAAAUACCUAUAGUAUAAUCGUAAAAACUAUUGACCUUGCUAUGAAUGGAUAGUUAACGUAUCUUGAAGAGUCAGUUGUUAGGUGAUCGGCUGAGCAGUAGAUAUUAUUUUUAUCAAAAACCUACAGUUUCAUAAGGAUGGCUUAGAAACCCAUAGGUACCAUUUGUUCACGUGCGAAGCCGGGACUGGUCACUACUAUCUAAUCUAUCUAUAUAAAUAAAAAUGAAUUGUUGUUCGUUAGUCUGAUUAAAACUCGAGAACGGCGGGGCCGAUUGAGCUGAUUUUGGUUUUAAAAUGUUUGUAGAGGUCCAGGGAAGGUUUGAACGAUACGAAGUUCGCGGGAUUAGCUAGUAAAAAAUAAUUAUUAAUUCUUCAGUGAAAUUACUAAAUAUUGUGAUACCGUUUUUUAAGAAACCUUGUUAAAACUGCAGCAUAUUUAAUGACUAAGUAGCAAAUGUUUUUAGCAUUUUUAAGUAGGUACAGAUAUUUUGAUACAUCAGCCGCUCAUUAUUACUUUAUAAGAUGUUCCUUCGUUUCUUUAUCAAAAGUGAUAAUAAUUUAUAACUUGGUGAAUGCAGCCUUACUGUUAUUUUCGAAGGAUAAAAUGUUAAGAUGUAAAUAUCUGUUUUUAAUGACAAUUUGAUGACACGACAUAAUUUCUGAGACAAAAUAGACUUGACAAUUUAAGAAUUUAUGUGUAUUGAGUUCGGGGCAAGAUCCCUGUAAAUAAAUUUUGUACUGAUCAACACACUUUUUUAACUACAAUUCAUGGCGAUUGAAAGUUAAAUAAUUUCUAUUGAGUAUCGGAAACUGUAUGUGCAUGACUGUAAUUUGCUUUAUUCUGUUGUGUAAUUUGAAGUGUGAUAGAAAAUACAUUUUGUAUGGAAAUUUUAAUAUUAUUUUUGGUCACUACCGAACAUUUCUGAAUUCGACUAAUGACUGUUUUAUAUUGACUACUUCUAAUUUAUCUUAUUGUGACUAUAUCAAAGGGGAAUUAGAAAUCGCAAUGAAACACAAAAUCCGAGUUUGGAUUGAGAUUAUUUACUAACAUUUUGAACACCACGGUCAUUAUAAAAAUGAGUAGGUUCUCAAUGUCUUUAACAAUGAACUUUAUCUCAAAAAAAAUGUAUGGAUGGAUGUAUUAAAAAAGGUAUUCUUGUCUAUAACCAAUAUAAUAAUCACUUAUAGGUUGGCCCCAGUAACAUAGUCACAUAGUCUUCCAUCAUGACUUCAUAAUAUGUACUUAAAAUUUAGAUGCAUUGUAACUGUUUUGGUGAACUCAUUAUAUGUUAAGGUGUAUUUCCAUCGAUUCCAAUUUCAUACUAUGAAGUUUGUCUAUUCAAUAUCUAUGACCUCUAGACGAAUAUGUCGUGGUGCUCAAAAUGUAAAAUAAUUUAUAAAAAUAUGUAAUCAAUUUUAUUUAAUAACUGAAUCAUAUUCAUGAAAGUAUCUUAUUCGAUUCCAUCAAUUAAAUUUCUUCUUUUACUUUAUGUUAUUAAUAAAUUAUUAUGUUAAUAUCUAUUCUAUAUGUAUAUUGGACGACAUAAUUGAUGAUUUUAUUUUCUAAAUUAGAUAAUUUAUAAAUACCUAAUUCUUAUAUAUAAAUUCGUAUUGUUUUAUUAUUUAAAGAGCAAUCAUUCCAAUCUAUUUACUUAGAUUAUAAGUAGUUCAUAGUGAUGACAAGAGUUACUGCAAAGGUUCGUCCGACAGAAGUUUAGUUAUUUUUGUUACGAAAUAAAAGGGAGGUCGUUAAGGCUGCCUGUACACCGGAGCGGAGCUAGCGGAGUGGAGAAACUGAGAAAUAUUAGCCAAUAGGAUUGAGGAGCGGAGAUUUUGUACAAUCUUAUUGGUUAAUAUUUCUCACUUUCUCCACUCCGCUAGCUCCGCUCCGGUGGACAGGCAGCCUUAUGCGGUCAUCUAAACUCUAGCCGUCGCUCGUACCACAAAAACUUUUUAACAUCUGUUGAAUACUUGUCUAAAAAAAGUCAGAUUAUGACGUUGAAAUAAGGUCCGUUUUGCAGCCAAAUAUUUUUUAGAUAAGUCUUAGUGUUCAACAGACGUUUAAAAGUUUUUGUGGUACGAUGGUAAGGAUUUUGUGCCUGUGGUAGCUUAGCAUUUUGAAGAAGAGCUCAAGAAACUCGCAGUGUAUAAAGGGCUCAACUGUUGCAAUAUCUAUUUGAAUUUGUUUUUAGGCUGUGUUCAAAUCAAACAGUGCAGUUAGCGAACGUUACGCAGUUUAUUGUAUCUCCAUACAUAUAUUCACUUUUUCGUUCACAUCUCACCUACGUUAUGCGUAUUAUGCAUGAAUGCUGACAUUCGGCGGCUGACAGUCAGUUUGCUUCGAACGCAGCCUUAAUAUGAGAGGCGAAUAAUAUAGUGAAUUUGUGAAAUAUGUGAAAUUUCUUUAGAUAGAGGAUUUGGUAGGUUUUUUUUUUUCAAUUGUUUUCUUUUGUUGUACUUUAUAAGCGAACGCUAUUUAUCAAAAAGAUUGUGUGUGAAAUGGUUACUAAGUUAGCUUGAUAAGGUAGCUAAGUUACUGUCUGAGCUGAGCAUUUACACAAUAUACCAUAGCGAAAUAAUAAGAGGUGAAUUGUAGCAAAACUUGCGUUAUGGGUUGAACACAACGAAAAUAGUGUCAAUGUUAUCCGCUCCACUAUAGUAUGAAUUUGAAUUUUACCUUAUAUGUAAAUAAUUAUGGAAAUCAGAUUAAAUUUUUUAGUGUGACUUGACCUAGCGCAUGACCAACCAAAUACACUUUGUUACCGAUUUCCAAAAUGUAAAUAAUAAUAAUCUGCAACGAUUUCGACGCUAUGAUCAUCGCAUUUAAGUAAUGUAUUGUAAAGUACUAAGCCUUUAUUUGACAGAAAUAUACCUUAUACAUAUUUUAUGUACUAUACAUUUGUGAAAUAUACUUUUUUAAGGGUA